AUGGCACUUGUGUAUGAUUCUAUACGUGACAUCACUCCUCUUGAAGACAAAUGGAAGAUCAAAGUCAGAGUGAUUUGUCUGUAUACUUUGCCUGAAUUUCAUCGUCCAGAGGGAGAUAGGAUACAUGCAACGGUAAGAAAAGCUUUCCUAAACAAAUUUAAAGGCCUUUUUAUGGAAGAAAAAGUUUAUGUGAUCAACCAGUUUGGAGUGGGGCAGAGCAGCGGCUCCUACAGGACCACUAUACAUCCUUACAAAAUUAAUUUUCAGUAUUCUACAGUUAUACAUGAGAUGGAAGAUGUUUUGACAAUAUCAAAGUAUGGAUUUAUAUUUACCCCUUUUGAUGAAAUACUUGCUAAUGUCGCUGAUGACAAAUAUUUAGUAGAUGUUAUUGGAAAGCUUUCUGGAAUUAGUAGAAUAGAAGAAAGCUGCAAGGACGUAUUUUUUUCUGUAAAACUUAUAGCAACAAGAAACUGGGUUGCACAUUGUGGGAAAGGUUCACGUAGUAUAUCAAACUCUCUUUAUGCACCCAAGAUGAUGAUCAACACUGAUAUAUCAGAAAUAUUGGAGUUCAAAAAUAAGAUUGUAAGCGGAGAACUAAGUCAAUCUAUGGUGCUUAGUGAAAUUUCAACUCAAUCCACUUUUUCUCUAACGGAUGACUUCCUAAAAGUAUCUCAAAAGAAAACUCUGGCUAAAAUUCAAGAAUGCCAACAGCCUUGUGUAUGUGUCACUCUAGCAACUGUUCUAAGUGUUGAGACUGAGCGUUGCUGGUACUACAAUUCUUGCAAAAAGUGUAGCAAAAAGGUGAUUUCUGAUGGAACUGGAUUCUAUUGUGAAUUUUGUGAGAGAAUGCUAUGUAUCGAUGUCGUGGUCGACCGUCUUUGCGGGAUCAUGCCGCACCUCCUGAAAUGCCUGAGCAGGCAAAGCCGAGUGCGCGACCAGAGGCGCACCCUCUGA